GAAAAGUACCUGUCACUGGACAACUGUAGAUGCCACGUCUAAAAAAGGUAACACAUAUAUAGAAAUAGAACCCCCUCGAAAUUUCAUUUGCCCAUCCUAAGAACACCACUAUAAAUAUUAGCACAUUCUUGAUCAAUAAUGCCAGUACAAAAUAUUCCAACUGUAAGUGAUUCAACUUGGCUUCUUCUUAUUAGUAUAUACUUCAUUUCAUUUUGAAGAAAUGGCACUAAUUCCUCAAUUGCUCGACGAUAUUUUCCAACCUCUUAGCCUAAUUAACACAACUAAUGAUCAUGAUCAUGAAACCACCUCUAAAUAUGCCAACCCACGAGUCGAUUGGAAAGAAACUCAAGAAACUCAUGUAUUCAAAGUUGAUCUUCCUGGCUUAAAGAAAGAGGAAAUUAAAGUUGAAGUUGAAGAAGGAAGGGUCUUGCAAAUUAGUGGUGAGAUUAGGGGUGCAGACAAAGAAGAUCAUGAUCAGAAGAAGGAUAAUGAGACGUGGCGACGUGUUGAGAGGCCACGUGGCAAGUUCUGUCGAAGAUUUUGGCUACCUGAAAAUGCUAAGAUUGAUGAGGUGAAGGCUUGUAUGGAGAAUGGGGUUUUAACUGUUACUAUUCCUAAGCAGGAGAUUAAGAAACCUGAAGUUAAAACAAUUGAGAUUACUGGCUAAUUUAUUAAUGUUUGUCUUUGUGUUUUUUUUUUUUUUUACUUAAUAAUUGGGAAUGAGCUUUGAGUGGCAUUUUCUUUUGUCUUGAUUGUGGUUUGAGAUACGAGUAUUUGGUUAUAAUCUUGUAUGUGUGUUUGUAAGCAAUAAUAAAAGUUGUUUGUGAAA